CACUCAAUUUCCUUCUUUCUUGUGUGUUGUUCCUCUCUCUUCUUCCAUCGCAUUUCAAAUGUCAAAGAGGAACCUGUUAUGAAACAAUGAUACAUCAGACUAUUAACCACUUUCCACUUGUUCCUUGAGAAAACUCAUCUGACCCACUGUACUUUCGUACGUUGCAGUUUGGAGGCACAAUAAGGUUCUGUUCCGAAGAUUAAAAAACUGUUCUACUUUCGGUAAUUCUGUCGGAGUAGACAGAGAGUCGGAAGUCGUAGCCAUCGUUCAGCAUCAUUGGUCUGACACCAUUUGAGGUUUUAGACAAGAUUUAAUACAAUCACUUCAUCUUAAUGCUUAGGCGUGUUUUUAUCGCUAUGAUGAAAUAACAAACUGACCGCAAGAGAGUCACGGAAUUAGUUGAAAAUUAAUAGGAAAUCACGGAUAUGAAUUUUAUCCAACUUUUCGAGUUUGGGUCAAAAAAGAUGACGAGCAGUCUUAUUUAAUAAUCUCAUAGUUUUUAGUUAGGUUUCAGUUAAAUGGCGCCAUGCAGGGUGAGGCAAUUCAACAAAAACUAGUGUUUUUGUUAGAUUGAUUUAUUUCCGUUGGCCCUUCUGUGGCGUAGGAAGCCAUACUAUCAACGAGUACCACGGACAGAAGAGCAAAAAGAAAAUGAAUUCACUCAUUGAACACAAAUCAACACAAAUCCAAGAAUCUAACAAAUUUCGGAAGGAAAGAAGUUACAGAAUGUGUCAAAGGAGUUAUGUAAGUAUAAAGUUCAGAAACAACUUACAUUGAACAAGCUCAAAGUCCAAUGUCUCCAUAGAGCAAAACCCAAAGCUCAAGCUAACAAUCAUGAUUCUGACCGGAAUUAUGAUUUCUCCCAAGCCAAACAUCCUGCAGAAAUUCAAACAAAGAGGAAAAAACAGGGCAACUUUUAGAUUUUUAAGAAGAAUGGCUUUAGGUGAUGAAAAAUGCUUAUUCUCAUAAAUCUCAGCAACCUUCAGCAGUCUGUAAACCAAGUUCACAUUUCCUACCAGAAUUUUGCUUGUUUGAAUUUUGAAAACGUUUUGGCGCUUUCAGCUUGUUCCAUGUUCCAGGGCUUUUGUCUUUUUGCUAACAGCAUGAACAUUUGAAAGCUAAAUACUUUGAUCUGGUGCAACGAGUCCGUUUGCAGAAUCAUGGGAAGUAUUCUCUUGGACGAGUCUUGUAGAAGAAUCGAACUUCUGAUUGAUAUACAUUCCUUUCGUAUUUCGUUCUGCCUUUCUAAAAAAAAUUAUCCUCUUGCUAAAAGAGACCAAUCGACAACCAGUUGCAUUGUACGGAAGAAAAAAUCAGUCAGUCAAUAAUUAAUAGAACUAAACUGUAAUUGAUUGAUAGAUCUAAGUUUUAUUAGUGUUUAUUGUUUAAAUGAAUUAAAUUUGAUAUAUAUGAUCGUAAUUUUUCCAGACUAUCCUGGGCUUUUUCAAAACUUAAAUCAAUCAAGCCUAGAUUUCGUUUUCACCAGAUUCCGGACUUUCGAUCUCACAAUCUGGAGAUCUCCAUUUUGUCCAGAAACUUUAGUUUUUAAAUCGAUUUUGGGCUUGAGCAGUUCGUUUUGUCAAAAUUUUGAUAAGCGUGAUGGUGGAGGAAUCGUUGCACAAUGUUUUCCUCUUCUCGGAUCCGCCUGCUGUUUGUUCACAACGGAAGUAACGAAAUUUCAAGCAGAACCCUUCUUCCUUUCAAAAUUUCUGCUCCAGAUCAAACCUUAUUAAUUAGGCUAAAUAUAAUGUUUUCUCCAUUCCACAAUCUUUUAUUUUUAAUUAUAUGUGAAAUGAAUUCUUCUCGUAUCUUCCGAGGAGGUGGUACUAAGUAUUCUUUUUACUGUGUUGUCUUUUGGUUUGACAGAACGUAGAAAAUGACGGCAUUUUAUAUUUGUUCAGUUAUGUUUAAUGAGCUUUAUAGUCGCACUAAAGCCAUAAUAUAAAUUAAUUUCAAACAUAUUUGUUUUUUUGAAUUAAAAAAAAUCUAAUUAGAAGAAUUGAAAGCGGAACGUUAUGAAACUAUAUGUUAGAAGGUCAAUGAUUUUCCUAUUCUUGCUUGAUCAAAAGUAAUUUCACUUAUUUAAACAAAGAUGGUGUGUCUUUUAACAAAUGUGGUUUCGUUUGAAAAUAUCAACAUCUGUUUGAUUCUAGUUAUUUUCUUUUAAGAUUUUUCCUUAAGAGAUACUGGAAAGAUGGAAAAUCGGAAAGCAUCGAAAUUGUUCAGCCUGUUUUCGUUUCAGAAACGUUCAUCAGAGACGACGGAUAUCAGUGACAACGAGGAAGUGGAAGAGACCGUACUGGCCGCUCAUUCGAAAGAAGAAGGCGACGGGAACGACACAGACAUCAUCCUGAAGACGCAGGGCAACAUCGGCUGUUGGCAAACCAUCAUCGUUAUCAUCAUGUCCCUCUUCAACAUGCCGGCCGUUUUUCAACUCGCCUCGCCCGAAGUGACCGCCGCAGAUCACAUCUCCUGCUGCGCCAGGCCGACCCACCUGCGCAACAUAUCCGUCAGCGAAUGGAGGGAAAUCAGCGGCACUUGGAAGCUCAACUUGAGAGGAGAGAAAGUCUUCGAUCCAUGCUUCAAGAAAGAUCUGCCGGAAAAUGCGACCUACGAGGAACUCAAGAAUUACAAAACUGACGCCAAGACCACCUGUACCACUUGGGACUACGACAGAGGAAAGACUUCGAUAAUUUCAGAGUUUAAUCUGGCCUGUACGUCAAUGCCGAUUAACAACUUGGCAGAGAGUGUUUUUUUGAUCGGUGCAGCCAUCGGGGACAUAAUAAACGGCGUCCUUGCUGACAGAUUCGGAAGGAGGAGGGUAUUGAUGGUUUCCCAGGGAUUCGUGGUCCUUACUGGGUUCAUCAUCGCCAACUCUUCAUCGUACAGGAUGUACCUUCUCUGCCGGGUCGUUCUCGGCUACCUCUGCAGCGCCAUCACGAUGUGCAGUUUCAUUAUAUGCCUUGAGAUUGUUGGAGGCAGAUGGCGUGGAAUUAUGUCAACAGCAUAUACAUACUCGUACAGUUUUGGGUAUAUAACGCUUCAUCUCUUCUCCGAGAUAUUCCCCAACUGGGUCCAUCUCCAAUACUCGAUCACCCUAAUUGCUAUUUUCCUCCUUUCAAUUUGGUGGCUGGUUCCAGAAUCGCCCAGAUGGCUGCUGACAACGAAGAACCUGCCUGAGCUGAUGAUUUUCCUCGAGAUGGCAUCCUCUUUCAACCGGCUCCCUCUGCUCUCUGGUAUCCCAAGGCAGAUUAAAAAUAGUAAACCAAUGAUGACCAAAAAUACAGAAAAGGUCACAUUGCCAAUGCUGUUCCAGACAAAGAUAAUUAGAUGGCUGUCUAUCGUAUGCCCUUUUCCGUCAUUCUUCUACUCAGUGACGUACAAUGGUCUUGCCUUGAAUAGUGCAUUUUAUUCGACAAGUCUAUUUUACUCUGGGCUAUCUGAGUUUUGUGCAGUCACCUUUGUCCUUAUGCUGAAUGUCGACAAUGAUUUAACACUAGCAUCAAUAUCUAUAAGUCUUUCUGGAAUCUGCUGCCUGAUUGGUUCUGGUUUAGCUACUGCUGCUUAUGCCCCAACAUAUGCUUUUCUCUUUGACAUUGUGAUUCUAUUUGCGAGGUUCUUCAGUGGUAUAAUGAACACCACAUUUCUAACGACCAUCUGUUGCAAGUACCCGACUGUCAUCAGAGGUGUGGGUUUCGGAUGGUGCCAUUGUUUUGCCAACAUCGCCUUGUGCGUCGCGGCAAACAUAGUUUCUUUGAGUGAGGUUUAUGUCCCAUUGCCUCUGGUCCUGACUGGAUUUAGCGCCUUGUGCAGCAGCCUGGCAAUGUUUUUCCUUCCGCCGUUGUUGAAGAACACGAUGAGGGACCUAAUCGAGGAAAUAGAAGAAGUCGACGAGGAACACGAACAAUCGAAACAGGCCCCAUGGCCAUCAAAGACCGGAAGGCAAAUAUCUUUAUUUUCAAUUUUCAGCAUCAAUUCAAAUAAAUCGGACGAAGUGGUUGAUAAACCCAAGCCGUACCUUGUGUCCAACUUGCCUCAGGAUGCCCAAGAACAAAAUGUCACUGAAACUAAAGGAAAAGGAGUGAUAAAAAUCCCCCAGGCUAAACCAAUGACGACAGCAAACAAGAAACAACAACCACUUAAGCCCGUAACAAACGCGCAUCAAGAGCCGCUACUUUUCCCAGAUAUGGAUGUCCACCAGUCGAUAAAAACUGUCCAAAGUAAUCAAGAUAAAUCAAAAAAGGAAUCAAAGGGUAACAACAAAAUGACAGAGGAUGAAGAGAUGCUAGAUGAUGUUCCAUAUCAUUGUACAAUACUGUAAUGUAAACCUGUUAAUAAAGAAAAAACAGACUGAAAACUUUUUCAAAUAAGUUUUUAAUCUAAGAAAUAGACAAUGAAAAGAGUGUGAAAAGUAGUUAAAAAAUAGGGCUUUCAUUGUGCAAUGUUGAUUUUAAUUAUUGGGAAAUCGUGGGAUGUGG